UGCCAUGUUUUUGCUCGCGGUCUUGGUUACCGUGGUGAUAGUGGGGGCCCAAGAACCUCACCCGUGCGAAAGUCCCAAGCAAUUUGAAGGGAGACAAGCAACUUUUGACCACCAAAGAAAAAGUCAGAUCUUCGCUCGUUUUGCCUACGAUGACAUCGAGAAGCGAUUUCGUGAGAUUGAAAUAGAGCAGUUUGGUAAACAACACGCCUUCUACGACACACUGUACCUACAUAAUGUGGGUUUAGAAUACAAACUUGAUCUUCGUACAAGGAAAUGCAAUGUGACAGCCAUUACGUCGCCAUUCCGUCCUUUCGCUAUCCCGCCUGAUGCAAAGUUCAAGGGUGCUGUUGUGUAUGGAGCAGCCGGGAUACCCAAUCAACACGUCAACCUCAACAGAUUUGAAGGAGAAAUGGGAGAACUCCAGUUCGAAAUGUUCCACACUUCUCCGAACUGCAUUCCCGUUCAAGUAUCUUUCUUCAAAAACAGCACACGGGUUGUAAAACAUAGGCAGUUUUACGACGUCUCCGUGGGAAUCUCCGACCCAGAAGCCUUUAUUCCACCAAAGGACUGCAUCAAAUAGUGAACAGCUUUCUUUUAACUCAUGCACAUUCAAACGAAUGUUCUGUUUGGGAAGCAUUACUUUGUAAAUCUUUGAAAUGUUUAAGAUAAAUGGCAUUUUAAAAAUGUAA